CUAUUGAUGGGUAUUGUGCAACAGGAAAGACAACGAUUGGAUGAUCAGAUAGAAUCAGCAAUUAACAGAAGAAAAAAAACAAUUAUUGAUAAUUUUUUAUUUUACAUAAAUGAAUUUAAUAUAGUAUAUAAUCUUGAUACUAAUUUAUAUUUGCAAAAUGGAAAAAAAGUGGCAAAACUUGCUCAGAACCAAAAUAUUAGAAAAGAUAUAAAUGAAAUUCUUCAAGAAACUACCAAAAAAAACAAAGAAUUUAUUAUCGUUGGAAGAGAUGCAACAACUAAUAUCCUUCCUGAAGCUGAUGUUAAAAUUGUUCUUAUGACAAAUUUAUUAACACAUGUUCUUAGAAGAUGUAUUGAGACUGGUGAAACAAUGGAUAAUAUAACCGCUGAUAUAUUACAAUGA